AUGGCGCACGCUGACGUGGACCAGGUAGACUACGGCGCGGACGAUGACGAUCUCGAGCUCGCCAUGGAAGAGGACGACGCCGGAGCCGCUCCAGUCGCCGCGGCGCCUGCGCCUAAGCUUAGAUCCACGAUUGCUGGUGGGACAGCGGCCGCGGCAGCAGCGGCAUCAGCAGCGGCGGCGGAGGCGCGGCGGACGAAGGGGCGCGGGUUCCGCGAGGCCAUGGACGUGGAGCGCGACGGCGGCGACCGCGUGGGGGGCCGCGCGUUCGAAUCGCUCGACGCGUCCGGCGGACCCGGGCCCCAGCGAUCUGUGGAGGGGUGGAUUGUGCUUGUAACGGGGGUGCACGAGGAGGCACAGGAGGAUGACGUGCAUGAGAUGUUCGCCGAGUUUGGAGAGAUCAAGAACCUCCACCUCAACCUCGAUCGACGCACAGGGUUUGUUAAGGGCUACGCACUGGUGGAGUACGAGAGCAGGCAGGAGGCAGCAGCGGCCAUUGAGAGCCUCAAUGGCGCAGAGCUGCUCACCCAGCCCAUCGCUGUGAACUGGGCCUUCACCACAGGGCCACGGGGGAAGCACGGUGGCAGAAGGGAAAGGAGAAGCAAGCCAAGAUAUUGA